AUGACCAGCCUGUUCCGCAGGAGCAGCGGCGGCCGGGGGGGUGCCUCGGCCCAGGAGCUGAACAACAGCCGGCCCCCCCGCCAGGUCCGCCGCCUCGACUUCAACCAGGCCAUGGAGGACUUCAAGACCAUGUUCCCCAGCCUGGACUAUGACAUCAUCGAGUGUGUCCUGCGGGCCAAUAACGGCGCCGUGGACGCCACCAUCGACCAGCUGCUGCAGAUGAACUUGGACGGGGCUGGCUCGGACGACAGCUCCGACUCAGACGACAGCAUCCCGCCUGAGAUCUUGGAACGGACUCUGGAACCAGACAGCUCUGAUGAAGAGCCGCCCCCGGUGUACUCCCCCCCGGCCUACGACAUGCACGUCUUUGACCGAUCGUAUCCCCUGGCCCCUCCUACCCCCCCUCCCAGGCUCGACGUUCCCGGUUCUGGGGGUCCCCAAACCGAGCGGCACUACCGUAACUGGAACCCUCCCCUCCUUGGGAACCUGCCCGAUGACUUCCUCCGCAUCCUGCCUCAGCAGCUGGACAGUGUGAAGAACAGUCUGUCUCUGCAGAGCACGCAGCCGGGGCCGGGGGAGGCUGAGCAGCCGCGGCCCCCCCCAGGGCCGCUGGACCAGGAGCAUAGGUGGAAGCAAUACCUGGAGGAUGAACGGAUCGCCCUGUGCCUGCAGAAUGAGGAGUUCAUGAGGGAGCUGCAGAGGAAUCGCGACUUUCUCCUCGCCCUAGAGAGAGAUCGGUUGAAAUACGAGUUUCAAAAAUCCAAAUCCAACAGCGCAGCCAUCAGUAACAACUUCAGCUUGUCAUCUCCUCUCCCAGGGGAUGGUGCCUCAGGCAGCGGUGAGGUUGGCUGCGCUGUGUCUGAGGAUGCCUUAUUCCGGGACAAGUUGAAACACAUGGGAAAAUCCACCCGGAGAAAGCUCUUUGAACUGGCCAGGGCCUUCUCAGAGAAGACCAAGAUGAGGAAGACCAAGAGAAAACACUUGCUGAAGCACCAAGCGUUGGGGACGGGAGCAUCGACUGCCAAUCUGCUGGAUGACGUGGAAGACCACGUGUGGGAUGAAGAUUUCCAGAAAAAAAAGCAGGAGGCUGCCAAAGAGGAGGAAGCUCCCAGGGAAGAACAGUAAGAGAGACCAGCUCCUCGGCACUGAAGGUGACCGGGCCGAGGGCGGAAGCAGAGGCCAAUCCCGAUGGCCUGUCUGACCCAUGGCCAGCCUUCCGUGCGAUGGAAUGUGCUUGUGGCCUGAGGUUUCUCCCACCAGGAUUGGAAACCCACCUUCCUCUUCCUCCCGGAUUCCGGCCGGCCCAGAUGGGCUAGGGCCUUUGGAGUUGCCGCCCUGGGAUUGGAAGAAAGAUGCCCAAGUCACCAAGGACAACAAACCCUCAUAGCCUUCGUAACAGCCGAGCUAUUCCGGGGCGAGUGGGAACAGGAGACACUUUUAUAAAAAUGGCUUCUGGGGACAACCCAACCUCCCUGUCAGAGACACAAAGAUGGAAACCAGAGCCUGGCCCGGACCCCUGCUGCCAGACCCUGUCAUCCAAAAUGAAGAGGAAGCCCACUCAGGCGGCACAGUUUCCUCCCCGUUCUCCCCAGGCCAUCCACACAAGUCACACUUCCAGAGGCCCUCCCUACCUCCCACCAACCCUGCCUAGGCCUUGCGGCGAGACUGGAGAAAUUGUCCCACGUUGCCCUGUCCAAAGUAGCUCUGUAGGGCCCCAACCGGCUCCCUCUCCCCUCCUGCUUCACCCUUCCCCCUCUGCCAGGCGAGAGGGUGCAGUGUGAGCUGCCCUGCUGCCAGGGGCCUGUGGAGCUCUGUGGCGGCCCCAAAGUGACCCCAUCCCCAUCUGGAGCCCAUUCCCCAGAGCCCAGGGAGGUGAUGGCUCUGGGAGACCCAGUGACUGUUGAGGGGCGUGGGCUUGACCGUGAGAUGUGAGCCCCCUCUUUGGUCUGGCACCCCAGAGUAAACGGGCCGAUGGGACCCUCCAGGAAGGCUCUGAGGGAGUGGUGCCUUCCCUGCCGUCCCCACAGGAGUUAGCGAGACCCCAUUUUCCAUGUGCUGCUGAUCCCUUCUCUCCCGGAUGGAGGUUUCCCAAGACUGGGAUACUCCCAGGGUUGGAGGGACAGAGGUGGCUGGGCUGGAGCCUCCCACCCUGGCACAGUCCAGCCUAGCAACCCAGGGCCGUCCCACAACCAGCUGGCUUCCGGAGAAGGGGCCCUGGGCAGUGGGCCAUUUCUGCGGCUGAACGGGGUUGUCCAGCAGGCUUCCCAGGGUGGGCUGGAAGGGACUAGGGAGCUGGCAGAGACCCCGGAGAGCGGGGUCUGCCCAGGCCACGGGCCUGGCGGUGGCCCUUGCCCAAGAGUAUUGGGAAGCCCCAGGACACUGACUAGGAAGCUAGGUCAAGUGAACCGUGGGCACUGUUUCCCCAGAAAGGUGGGUGGGUCCUCCCGGGACUUCGGUGCCGCUGCUGGAGGAGGGGGGUGAGCAGCGUCCCCAAAGACCUUCCCCCACCAAGGGGCAUCUGCCGGCCCCGCUCCCAACGGCCUGUCUGCCGGCUCGCCCGGGGCCUGGCUCUCCCCACUCAGUCUGGCCACGGUGGGCCAGGCCAGGCCUCCUGAGGGCAGCUGAACAGGGGGAAGUUCCAGAUACAAAUCAGGUCCUCAGGAAUCAGCCAAGACCAGAAAGAAGGCACCUCUCUGUCCCUCCCAGGCAUUCCUUGGGGUUGGCUUUGCCAUGGAGACAGGAGUCCUAUGGAUAACCCAGAGAAUGAGGUCACCAUUACUGCUCUCCCUCACCCCCCCCGGACUGUGCCAGUCUCCGCACCCCUGAGGGUUGGAGUUUCACUGAUCCCUUCUGCCCCCACAAGAAGCGCCGGAUCCCAGGCUGGGCAGGGAACCCCACCAUUUUGAGGAGGGGCAGGCGUGGAGAGAGAGGCGGGCCCCCACCCCAGCCCCGGAGCUCGAUUCUUAAGAGGCAGAAUGAGUCGGGGCGGGACCCCGAGCUGGCACUGACAGCAGGCCAGUGGCUUGAGCUGGAAUCCGUUCUGGUCUGCAGGCUGGCGGGCCCCACGCCCAGGAAUUUGCCUGUAGCUACCGCAGGGAGAGGAGCCGGUUGUGAAAUGUAACCAAGUUUGGAAGUGUGUGCGGAGGUUGCUAGGGGUGAAGCUGGCCCUGGGCCACGGGAAACAGAAGGCGGGCUGGCUGGCUGAAGGCUGGCGGGCAGGCGAGUUGACUGGCUGGCUCGGGAGCUGCUAAUUCACAGCUUGGGGUCCGGGGGCCUCCCUCUGGCCUUCCCCUGUCCCCUCCACCCCCAGUCCUACCCCCUGCCUUUUCCAUUUGCUUUUCCCGCCCCUCUGGCUGCUGCCUGCCACUCCCAGGAGUGGAGCCUGGCCCAAGUCUCCACCCUGCAGGCUCUGGCAGCCAGGCCUCAGCUGUGCAGGCCUUGGCGUGGCAGGCUGCAGCAGUGCAGGCCUCAGACAUGCAGGACCCGCUGGUGCAGGCCUCGGCGGUGCAGACUGCAGUAGUGCAGGCUUCAGUAGGCCCCGGCAGUGCAGCCUGAAGCGAUGCAGGCUCUGGCAGCGCAGGCCUCGGCCAAAGGAUUUUCCCAGCCGGUUUGACUUCCAGUGACGUUUCCACUAAAAAUCCCACCUGCCUUUGUUUCCUUUAAGCCCUUGGGAGCCGUGGAGACGAGAGUCGGAGGCUGAGCUGCCCAGUUCAGGGUCAUUCACCUGGGAGCAUGGUAAGGGUGAGUCAGGCUGCAGGGCCAGCCCAGGGAUCCUCCCAGGGGUCCGCCCCGGGACCCACCGGCUAGCGGAUUUUGAUGCCUGCCCCCCUGGAGGGCCGAGGAAAGAUGGAGAGACGCCAACCAGUAGCCUUAGCGCCUGGAAUAUAUUUUAAGUGGGGACCAUCUGUCCCCCACCAGGCCUCUCCCAGGGUCCCCCCCACCCACCCCUCCCGCAGAGGAGGGCAGCCAGCUGAGUCCGGGAUUGUGUUUUGGGGUCAUGAGGGCUGGUGCCCCAGAGUAGGCUGGAGGCGGAAAUGUCUCGGAUAAAACCCCUGUGCACCUCUCAAGUGAUGUUUUGUGUCCGUCUCUAAAAAGGCCCGGGGGUUUAACCAGCCACCAAGCAAAAACAACCCACCCUUGAGGUUUUUGUGUGUUGCUAUUUUAGAACUUAUUUCCAUAUGUGAUCUUUUUUUCUUAAAGAUGUUUAAUAGUAAUUCCUAUAAUAAAGUUAUGUUGUACUCUCA